AGCAUAUCAUACAUGGCUGCAAGUUCUUAUGCAGAUAGCACUACAAGUCUUGGUGGCAGGUUGCAAAAAUGCAUUUUCACCACAAUACAUGUCAAAGAUGAUCCAUUUGGUGAGAUUGAUCCUGUGUUUGUUCAUAAGUACUCCGAUGAGUUGCAUCAACAAUGGAAAGUUUAUGCGGGCAACCACUUACAUUUGCUAUCUUGGAAUCAAUCUCUUCGAAAACCUCUAAUAACAGAUGGAUGGACAGAACUUCGUGAACACUUUCAGUUGCAGUUCCAAUAUCAUGAGAUUAAUAUGGUGUAUUACGGUGAUAGUAUGUUCCAACUGGUGCUUCCUUUGACAGGACCAAUUCCAACUAAUGAAUUUCCUUCAUUUCACUCCCUGUCUACUAAACUCAGUGAACCAUUAACAUUUGAGAUUCUUUUAUCAAAUAACUCAAUUGGAUCAAGAGACAAAUUAGUUUUCAACAAGUGGUUAGGUGACUAUAUCACUUCUUUUCAUAAUUAUCUGGUUCUUGAAGGUCCGGUCGCUGAACCUCAUUUGGUCGAAAUUAUUCAAAGGCAAGGGGGAAAUGGAAUUCGAGAAUUGGAGUAUCUACAAUGGCAUAAAUUCAACAUGGAUAAUUACUUCUCAGCUGGAGAUCUUCUCAAGUUUACUUUUUUUGAUAUCAAAAAUAGCAACAGAGUUGAUGUUGAUGUAGAUAGAGUUGUUAGGUAAUCCAACAAUCAACAUAUCUUAUAACAGUUUGUCAAUGGUUUAUCUUAUCCUAUGAUAAUGACUACUCCACCUGUAGUGGGUUUGCCUAAAAACAGUUGUUAUAUAAUA